GGGGUUCGAGUUAUGGAAAUUUGACAGUGCAGAUGUUGAAAUACAAAGUGUUGUUCAAUUUCUUUUGGCUACAGGCACAAAACCUGAAAUUUCUUAUCAAAUAACAGAAGUAUUAAGUUUAAAUUUAAUAUCAAGAUGAUUGUGGCAUGAAUAAUUUUUUGAGAAGUGUCUAUGGCCGAUCAACCUAACAGCCACUACGGGGGGUCAAACAAAAGUAUAGAUAAGUCUGUGAAGGGGAAUCGUUCCCCAAUAAGAACCAGAUCAAGAUCCAGGAUUCUGGCUCAACAGGAUUUAUAUAAACUUUCAAAUCCUGCUUCACCUGAAGUAAUAGACGAAACAUCAGCUGGAAGUUCUUCUGGGAGUUUGAAACGAUCUCAUUCUAAGAGAGAAGUAACUCCAUCACCUUCAAUAAAAAGAACAAGAAUAAAGUUACAAAAGAAUCAAAGUAACAAAAAAAACAGUUCCUUUCAUAAUAAUAUAGAAACUGAUACAUCUGCUCCAGAUAUCAGUAAUUCAGAGCCUGUCAGUAUUAAUUCAGGAAUUGAAAGUAAUAAUAAAGGACAGCUUUCAAAUAAUAUAAGAAAUAGUAAGAAAAGAGAAUCAUCAAGUGAAAUUGAAUCUCAUAUAUCAAAUUGUGAUAAACAAGGACAAAUUAUAAAAUUAGCCAGUGGAGGAGUUUUAGAUAAUUCUUUGAUUGGAAAAGAAGGUGGUAUUAUUACUGAUUCCAGCAGUCCUCUUAAAAAUUUGACAACUUCGAAGUCUUCAUUAAGUCAAAAUUUAGAUUGGAGUAGUGGAAGUAGAACUAAAAGAAGUAAGAUUCAAUUAGAUCAACAGUUCAAUUUUUCAAGCAAUAAAUUUAAUACCAACACAAACAAAUCAAAUUUUGAUAAUUCAUCUGUAGUUGAAAAAAGCAGUUCCAUUCAAGGAAGAUCAAGCAGAAACAAGACAAAGACCACGGGGUCGUGUGCCAGUAGUCGUAGUCGGCGUUCCUCCCGAGUGACAAAGCUUCCAGCUCCAGGUUCUAGUGGGAUAGCUGGAGGAACUAGCCGACAACCAGUUGCUACUAGAAGUGGGAGUGGAAUGUCUGGAGUAGAUACAGGUCAAGAAGGAACAUCAUCAACUUUCAGAGAAAAUAAUAGCUCCCAUGAUGGAAAUUCUAGUAGUACUCAAAUUGGUAGUAGUAUGAAUGCUUCUUCCAACAUGGCAGCAAUAGCAGACAGUGAAUCUGAUGAUAAUGAAAUGGGAAGAUUACAAGCAUUACUGGAAGCAAGAGGUCUUCCGCCACAUUUGUUUGGAGCUUUGGGUCCAAGAGUGCAACAUCUGUUACAUAGAUCUAUUGGAAAUAGUGCAAGUAGCAGAGCUCAUCAGUUGCUUCAAGGUUUGCAAGCAUUAGGGGAUGAAGGACAACAAUUACAAGCAGUAAUGGAAAUGUGCCAGUUAUUAGUUAUGGGCAAUGAAGAUACUUUAGCUGGUUUUCCUGUGAAACAAGUUGUUCCUGUUUUGAUAAAUCUCUUGUCAAUGGAACAUAAUUUUGAUAUGAUGAAUCAUGCAUGUCGUGCUUUAACAUACAUGAUGGAAGCUUUACCAAGAUCUUCAGCAGUUGUUGUUGAAGCAAUACCAGUCUUCCUUGAAAAGCUUCAAGUUAUUCAAUGUAUGGAUGUCGCUGAACAAUCACUUACAGCUUUGGAGAUGUUAUCAAGAAGACAUAGCAAAGCCAUUUUACAUGCCAGAGGUGUUGCUGCAUGUUUAAUGUAUCUUGAUUUUUUCUCCAUAAAUGCACAACGAGCAGCAUUGGCUGUUACUGCAAAUUGUUGUCAAAAUCUUACACCAGAAGAAUUUGUUCUUGUUCAAGAAUCUUUUCAGUUACUUAGUGCUCGCUUGACUCAUCAAGAUAAAAAAUCAGUUGAAAGUGUAUGCUUAGCAUUUUCACGUCUUGUGGAUUGUUUCCAAUAUGAUCCAAAGAUUUUAAUGGAAAUAGCAAGUCAUGGUUUAUUAACAAAUAUACAGCAAUUGUUGGUAGUUACUCCACCGUUGAUAAGUUCUGGAACCUUUGUCACAGUAAUUAGAAUGUUGGCUGUAAUGUGUGGUUCAUGUCCUGAAUUAGCUGUAAUGCUAUUGAAACAAAAUAUAGCAGAAACUUUAAGAUAUUUAUUAAUGGGAAGUUCUGGACCUUCAUCAGAUGAUAUUGAGCUUACUCCAAGAAGUCCACAAGAAUUAUUUGAAAUUACUUCUCUUAUUGGUGAAUUGAUGCCUCGCCUUCCAUCUGAUGGUGUAUUUAGUGUUGAUUCACUUUUAAUGAAACCCAGCAAUAAUCAUCUAGAUGCGGUUAUGUGGCAAUGGAGAGAUGACAGAGGUCUUUGGCAUCCAUAUACAAGUAUUGACAACAAAAUUAUUGAAGCUGCUCAUCAAACUGGAGAAGAUGAAAUCAGCUUAUCAACUAUGGGGCGAACAUACACUAUUGACUUCAAUUCCAUGCAACAAAUCAACGAAGAUACGGGUACUACUCGACCUGUUCAGCGUCGAGUGAAUAAUUGCUCAAGUACAUCAUCAGGUUCUUCUCUCAGUGUUGCUGCUACUGAUUCCCGUGUGGAUUGUUUACAAGGAAAUACUAAUUUAGCUGCUUCUUGUAUUAAAUCAUUAUUUGCAGUGUUGUAUGAAGUUUAUAGCAGUUCAGCUGGUCCAGCAGUAAGGCACAAAUGUCUUAGAGCAUUACUUAGAAUGGUAUAUUAUGCUCCUCCAGAAUUAUUAAAAAAUGUUCUGAAAAAUCAUGCUGUUUCAAGUCAUGUAGCAGCAAUGCUUUCAUCUCAAGAUUUGCGUGUUGUAGUGGCAGCACUACAAAUGGCUGACAUUUUGAUGCAAAAACUUCCAGAUAUUUUUGGUAUUUAUUUUCGAAGAGAAGGAGUAAUGCAUCAAAUAAAAUGGUUAGCAAGACUUGAUUCAACAGACACAUCAUUAAAAGAAGUUAGUGUGGUUGACAAUUCUCCUCCAAGUUUUUCUUCACUGCCAACUCUUCUUUCAACCAACAUUUCUCCAUGUGAUAGUAAACGCUCCUUGAAUACAAAUUCUUUGCUUCUUUCUAAUAGUGACUUAGUUAGUGAUAAUUCAAUUCAUUUUGCGGGAACAGCAUUGUGGGGAUCAUCUACUUCUGUUACUUCUGCUUCUGGGAACAACAUUGUUGGAAAUACAACUGCAGCAUCAUCAUCUGGUGAUGAUGAUCACAGCUCAAUAGUAGGACAAAUGAGAUUAAGUGAUGUUUUAAAACGAAAAAGAACGCCCAAAAGAGGUAAUGCAACUAGCCGAAAAGUAAGAACUGAAGAAGGUGGGAGAGAUUCGUUUGGUUGUACAAUAGGCAUAAGAGGAUCUGCCAGGGGUUUAUUGGAUAAUCAUAUUAACCCAGUUUUGGGAACUUCUGUGUUGGCACUCUCAGCUUCUUCUCCAAGUACCUGCCACACUAUUGGAACUACAAGUCCAGUUUUAAAUUCUGUCCCAAGCAGUUGUUCAGUUCCAAAUAAUUCCAGUCGUGGGAAAUUCAGUACAACUGCAGCUAAAACUACAUCAUUACUUGCAAAUUUAAAUCCUGCACGUUGGGGAAGAUGGGGUAGUAAUUCUCCUGUAUCUGGAAGAUCUCCUUCACAAGAUUCGACAAUACUUCAGAAAACUCCAAGUUGUAGUAGUUCAUCUGGCAAUAAAGAAAAAAUUAGGAAUUGGAUUAGAGAACAGGCUCAAAAAUUUGAAGAUAAUUAUUUCAAUAUUGAACAUCAAGGAAAUGCCCAUCCUGCUAUGAAUGUACUUAAUAGAUUAACUACAGCACUUGGCCAGCUAGAAACUAUGACUGAUGGUGGAUUGAAAGCAUUAGAAGAAAUCAGAGCUGUAGUGGUUGAAAGUGACAUAUCAUCAUUUGAAGUUAUACACAGUGGACUAGUGAAGAAAUUGUUACAUUUUUUGACUACAGCUAAUGGCAGUGGAUUUGGUAGCAGUGUAAAAGAUGAUAGACUUAGGAUUUUUCUGCAUGUAUUUAUGGGAAGUCCAUUAUUUAAAUUAUCCACUUGUGAACCAGAACAUUUAGAUACGACUCCUCUGUCAAUGCUAGUGGCUAAAUUAAAUGCAUGUAUCAGUCAGUUGGAACAGUUUGCUGUUAAGGUUCAUGAUCUUCCAGGUGCAGGCACUGGCAGUACUCGAGGAACUAGUGCUCUAAAAUUUUUUAAUACACAUCAGUUGAAGUGUAAUUUACAACGUCAUCCAGCUUGUACUAAUCUUCGCCAAUGGAGAGGUGGUCCUGUUAAAAUUGAUCCCUUGGCUCUGGUACAAGCUAUAGAAAGAUAUCUAGUAAUUAGAGGAUACAGUCGCAUUAGGGAUGAUGACGAUGAAGGUAGUGAUGAUGAUAAUUCUGAUGAAGAUAUAGAUGACACAAUGGCUGCAAUGAUGAUAAAUCAAGGACAAGGACGUCACAAAUUGCAGUUUUUAAUUGGAGAAAAUAUUCUUCCCUAUAACAUGACUGUUUAUCAAGCUAUAAGACAGUAUAGUUGUCCUGAAGGCCAGAGUUCAGAUGGUCAGGAAACAGAUACAGAUUCUGAAAAUCCUAUGGGUUACACCAAUAUAUGGGUUCAGACACACACAAUAUGGUAUCGCCCUGUUCCUGUCGAUGAAUCAGAUUCCGGACAAAAUAGAAGUGGUGCCUUUUCACGCACUCAGACUCCUAACUCUGGUUAUUCUAGUCGUCGAAAUAAAGGAUCAAGUGGUGGAAGAACUUCACCAAAAAAGAAGGGAGAUGAAUUAUGGAAUGAAGGAAUAGUACCUGAAGUCGUAUCCCCACUUUCUCAGUUUCUUAGUCCAAAUUUACCUGAAAAUGUCACAAUUCAAGAUCCAUCUUUAGAAGUAAUCACAUUGUUGAGAGUUAUUUAUGCACUCAGUCAACAUUGGGGCAUGCUUUAUGAGAUGAGUUCUUGGGGUCCAGCAGUUGUGCAGUCAGAAUUUUUAAAUAAUAAACUUACUGCAAAAGCUAAUCGUCAACUUCAGGAUCCAUUGGCUAUAAUGACAGGAAAUGUUCCUCCAUGGUUAUCUCAAAUAGCUACUGCAUGUCCUUUCUUAUUUCCCUUUGAAACAAGACAUUUGUUAUUUUAUGUCACAUCAUUUGACAGAGAUCGGGCUUUACAACGCCUCUUAGAUAUGACACCUGAAUUGAGUAGUAGUGAUAGCAGUGAGAGAGUUACUCCCAGAUUAGAUCGCAGAAAGAGAACUGUUUCCAGAGAUGAUUUACUAAAACAAGCAGAAGUAGUCAUGCAAGAUUUAGGAAGUUCACGUGCACUUCUUGAAAUACAGUAUGAAAGCGAGGUUGGAACAGGAUUGGGACCAACACUUGAAUUCUAUGCACUUGUAUCUAAGGAAUUACAACGUGGAGAUUUGGAUAUGUGGCGUGGAGAGCGUGUUACUGUUGAUAAUACUAAAGCAAAACCUCAGUUAUCCGAGCCCCGAUUAACCGAUGUUCUGCAUUAUCCAAGGCUAUCCUAUUACAUUCACUCCCUUUGCGGUCUGUUUCCGCUUCCCCUGGGUCGCAGUGCCAAAGUUGGUCAUGUAACAAAAGUUAAAAGUAAAUUUAAAUUAUUGGGAAAAUUUAUUGCUAAAGCUUUAAUGGAUUCCAGAAUGUUGGAUAUACCAUUAAGCUUUGCCUUCUACAAGUGGGUAUUAGGGCAAGAAUUAAGUCUUUCAUCAGCUGAUCUGUGCCAUAUAGAUCCAGCAAUUUCUCGUACAUUUCAUCAACUUGAACAAGUUGCUCUUCAGAAACGAAGAAUGGAACAAGAUAAUUCCCACACACCUUCCAGUUUGAAAACUGCCUUAGAAUCAUUAACAUUAGAUGGUUGUCCCAUAGAAGAUUUAAAUUUGGAUUUUACACUGCCAGGUUAUUCUCAUAUUGAACUGAGAAAAGGAGGAAAGGAUAUGGCAGUUACAAUUCAUAAUUUAGAAGAAUAUCUGAAACUGGUUUGUCAUUGGACAUUAAUAGAGGGAGUAAGAAGGCAAAUGGAAGCAUUUAGAGAAGGAUUUGAAUCAGUCUUCCCUUUAACACAUUUGCAGAUAUUUUAUCCAGAAGAGCUUGAAUACUUAUUUUGUGGUAAUGGCCACAGUCAGUGGGAUAUGAAAAAUCUGAUGGAAUGCUGUCGACCGGAUCAUGGUUACAAUCAUGACAGUCGUGCCAUUAAAUUUUUAUUUGAAAUUCUUAGUAACUACAAUAAGAUGGAACAACGGCAUUUUUUACAAUUUGUAACGGGUUCUCCAAGACUACCCGUUGGAGGGUUAAAAAGUCUCUCCCCUCCUCUGACUAUUGUGCGCAAAACUCUGGACUGUAAUGAAAGCCCAGAUGAAUAUCUACCUUCUGUGAUGACAUGUGUUAACUAUUUGAAACUCCCAGAUUAUUCUAGUGUUGAUAUUAUGCAGAAUAAACUAAAAGUAGCUGUCAAUGAAGGACAGCAUUCUUUCCAUUUAUCUUGAAGUGCCAGCUUUUGUGUAAUAAAUAAAAUUCUCCAACUCAUGGAGAGAGAGACAUGUAUAAUAAUUAAAUAAUUUCCAGACAAUGUUUUGACAAAUUCAUUUAUACAAUUGGAAUUCAAGAGAAGACAUCACCGUCCUACCUACCUCAAACCCAGAAGGGAUAACUUAGUGCCGUUUACCACUUUAUUGGAAUCCCCGACUGGUCAGACGGAAACUGGUUUAUAUUCCUCAAAUACGAAUGAUAAUAGCCAGUUAACAAGACAAGCAUUUCAGUGCAUUUGUUGGAGGAAUUGUAUCUUGACUAUGAUGUAACAUUUAGUAAAUUUACAUUAUCCAUAUUUCACAAAAAGGAAGCAAAGUUUAGAAGCUGGCAUUAUUUGAUAAGAGCCACGUGUUGCAUAUUUGAUGAACUUUGACUACCUUUUGUGUUUUAUUGUAAAUAGUUAUUCCUCCAACAUAUGGCCUUGGAUUCUGGUGCCUGGAGUAUGACUGCAUUACAAUCAGAUUUUGGUUCACUAGAAUGGAUAAAUGUUUUAGAUAAAUUGUGGCCUAAACAUGUACAGUAUGGAUGUAAACACACACUCCACCCAUGUAAUAACAAAAUCUUCUGUACAAGUUUUGGAAAUAAAGGCAGAUGUGCUUAUA